AUGUUAGAGCACAUGUCCAGGCGUAAUCGUUCCCUGCUGUCCCUCUCUCUAACCUCUCUGGCCCUCACUCUCUCCGUGCUGGCCUUCUGCACCUCUUACUGGUGUGAAGGAACCCACAAAGUGGUGAAACCUCUCUGCCUGUCUCCUGUAAAGAUGAAGAACUGUGGCCAGAACAACAGCCAGCCCUAUACUACUGAAAGUCCCACACCAGACCCCAAAAGGUCUGAAUCCAAUGUAACAUUAUCCCCAAAGCAGAAGGAGGAACAAGCCCUGAUAAGAGCAAAGAAACUGGCCAAUGCAGUUCACUAUAUCUGGGAAACAGGAGAGGACAAAUACAUGCUUCGAUACUUUCACACCGGUUUCUGGCUGUCGUGUGAGAAACACAAUGAGGGUGAAGAAGAAAAAUGCCGAAGUUUCAUCGAAUUGACUCCUGGAGAAACACAAGGGGUUCUUUGGCUGUCUGUGGUCUCAGAGUUCAUGUACAUUACUCUGCUGGCCAUGGGAUUCCUCAUGAUGUUGGUGGAGAUGCUGUUAUUGUGUUUAAAUAAGGAGAUGUACUCACUCAAGAUCAAUGCCUUUGCUGCCAUUUGCACCGUUCUGUCUGGAAUGAUGGGAAUGGUAGCACAUAUGAUGUACACUACAGUGUUUCAACUGACCGUCAGCAUAGGACCUAAAGACUGGAGACCGCAGACCUGGGACUAUGGCUGGUCAUUUGCCAUGGCCUGGAUUUCUUUCAGCUGCUGCAUGGCGGCUGCUGUCUUCACCCUCAACUCUUACACCAAGACAUUGAUCGAGAUGAAGCACCGCGCCCGCAUUCGCCUGGAAGAGGCCCGCGCUGCCACCCAUGCGCCCCCUUAUGACGAAGUCAUCACAGCCCGUCCUGGCGGCAGCGUUUACUCUGUAAACCGGCUUCUUCAGCAGUGCCAGAAGGGCACACUGAUUGACGCCGCAUGGCCCUCCAGGGAGGAAGGGCAAGCUGGGGUGAUGGUGGAGGGAAUGAACCCCCAUGGACUAGUGCUGGUGGGAGGCUGCGGAACACAGGGCUGUGAGGACUGUGAGAGAGAGAUGGACGAGAUAGAGGACGCUCUGGAGAGAGAUGAGAAGGAGGGGGAUGAUGAAAUAUGCUGA